AAGCAGCACGGUGUCUCAAAAGACAAUGUUGAUCAUUACAUUUCAUUAUUUGCUCAAUUUUUGGCGCAAAACAAGCGAAGUCAGUCGUCGAGUGUAGCUCAGAAAUUUGCAUGCUACAAAUACUUAAAAGGCAUCAAAGAAUCAUGUGACGUGAUGGAGUCCAGUUAUGACGAGUGUCUUCAAGUCUGUGUACCAGAAUAUGGAGUGUGUGACGAACUAUGGAAACGUGAAAGAAAGAUAACUUCACCACAGAGCGUUGGUACCACAGUAAUGGCAAAUGUGAAAAAUUCUUUUUCUCUGGUUGUUCAGGCAACGAGAACAACUUUGAAAGCCAAGAAAUGUGUGAAAGUUCUUGUGUUGGAUCAUCGAACGAUGCACACCACUACAAAGCAAACCCUUUAUUUCCAAAAAUGGAGGGAAUGUGUUAUGCCUACGGUCGUGGCCAUUACCGAACAUUUGAUGGAAAAAACUACUAUUUUUACGGAACAUGUAAAUACCAAAUGGUUUACGUUAAUAAUCCAAUGUCACCAUUCAUUGUUAAUUUGGAAAACGACCCCAACUGCGAUAUCAAUGGACCUUGUCAGAAAAAAGUGGAAAUUAUCAUGGAAAAAGCGAAUGUGAAACUUUAUAACAGUCUGCAUAGUGUUAGAAUUAACGACAAAGUUGUUCCCGUUCCGUACAAGAAACGAACAGCCAGUAUUCGAAAAGCAGGUCGUUAUAUUAUGGUUAAAAGUGCCGAUGGUGUGUUGGUCUAUUGGGAUGGUCAGGAGGAUCUGAUGAUCAAACUUCCUGAAACAUUUAAAACGGAAAAAGAUGGCGAUCACAAAGCCUUCGGUCUUUGUGGUACAUAUGAUGGCAAUCCAAAAAAUGACUUUGUAAACUUGCACGGUAAACCUCUCAAAAGUGAUCUGGAGUUUCAAAUGACGUGGAAAGAAAAUACAAAUUGUCAAAGUAAACCUGAAAUAAAACCUCCACCUAGCUGUUUCUCACCCUCUAAGAACAUUAAGCUGGGCUUGAAGAAGGCGGAAGAAAUGUGCAAGAUAUUAGAUGCAAAACAAUUUGCCGCAUGUAGGAAAUUGAUUCCCAUUGAAGAGUACAGACAUAUGUGUGUGGCUGAUGUUUGUGCUUGUGAUUAUGCUAGCAGAAAUGAUUGCAUGUGUAAGGUGUUGUCUUUAUUCGUUCGUGCUUGUCAUGUCUUAAUGAAAGAACUACCCAAAUCUCAGCAAGAUUGGAGUAUUAAAAAUUGGAGGAACAACGGACUAUGUGCGGUAACAUGCCCUGCCACAAUGGAAUACUCUGAGUGUGGUUCUGCCUGUCCUCUGACUUGCUCCAAUCCUUUCAGCCAUCAAAUUUCAUGUCUCUCCGGUUGUGUUGACGGCUGUCACUGUCCGGCUAACCUUUGGUGGGACGGCAAUCGUUGUGUGGAAAGACAAAAAUGCUCAUGUAAUCAUGCUGGAGUAUUUUACAAACAUCUUAGCAUUCGUGCGACUGCUUGCGAAGAAUGCACGUGUGAUGGUGGAAUUUGGGAUUGUACUAAACGUAAAUGCGGAGGCACUUGUGAUCUUUACGGUAACUCUCAUAUUGAAACGUUUGAUGGUCUGAUGUAUCAGAUGUAUGGAAAAGGGUCGUACGUGUUAUCUAAGCGUUGUCACUCGACGAUCAGUGAAUCUUCGUAUGAAAUUCGUCUGAACCAAAAAAGUCCUUUGGCAUGCAGCCCUUCAGAAAGUAAUUGUGACAAGGAAAUCGAAAUUCUAAUUGGUGGCAAACUUGCUGCUACUUUGCGUAUGAAGCCUCUUUUAACGAUUGACGGCAAAGAAAAACGUUUUUACGUGGACACGAUACAUGGAUGGAAGACAGGCGUGUUUGCAGGAGAAAAUAUAUACUUUUCGUCAAAGAAGGCCGGCAUCUAUGUUCUGUGGAAUAAUAGAAACGAGCUUAAGAUCAUUGCUGAUUCAUCUUUGUUCAAACAGACUUGUGGUCUUUGUGGCACUUUUGACAACGACAUAACAAAUGACUUUCAUACACAUGAUGAAGAUACUGAACUAUCCGCAAAAUCUUUCGUCUCACAAUGGAGGUUGAAAAGUAGUGCUUAUCCUGCGGGCAUGUGGGAUGAAGAGAAUUACUGCGACGUUCAUUUUAAUCGGAAGAACGAUGCAGAAAAGAUCUGCAAAAAGUUGAAGGAGGAUCCAAAGUUUGCUCGUUGUCACAAGCUUGUAUCGCCUCAAAAGUACUUUGAUAUGUGUAUGAGCGAUACUUGUUCUUCAAAAGAAUAUUAUCUUCAAAUUUUACGCGUCUACCUUAGAAAAUGCGCCGACAAAGGUACACCUUUCGACCCACGAUUGUAUUUUGCAGAAGAUCUUAAACGUUCACAAGAGACAAAAUGUAAAAGUAAUCGGGAGUUCAAAGUUUGCAACAGGGAUAGUAACGGGGAUCCCACAUGCGAGAACUCUUGUUUGGCAUUACAAAAUAGCUCUGUGAGCUGCCCAAACGUUUGUUGGGCUGGAUGUUAUUGCAAAGAGGGAUUUUAUGCAACCGAAGAUGGAAAUUGCGUCCGAAAAUCGGAAUGUCCUUGUGUCUAUAAUAAUCAGACGUAUGUGAAAGGAGAGGUUCGAAUGGAUUACUGCAAUAAUUGUACAUGUAACGACGGGACAUGGAGCUGUACAAAUAUGGACUGCAACAGAUACUAUGCAAACAUGGGUAGAGUGUUCACUGAAUGCGGUUAUACUUGUGAUAAACUGGACACUUGUCAGACUGGUUAUUUCUGCCCAGUUGGUCAAGCGUUGCACGAGAAUGGCACGUGUGUAGAUGCAGAUACUGGAUGUCAAUGUAAACACGGUAACACAUUUUAUGAUCUUGGUGUUACUAGUCCCUCGGAUUGCUCAAAGGUUUGUGGAAAAAGACGUUCGUGGGAAACGAAGGGAAGUGGGAACCGAGAACCGGCUUACGAAUGUUCUGCUUGGGGUCAAGAUCAUUACAAGAUGUUCGAUGGUCAUAUUUUAAACUUUGACGGUCAAUUUUGCGAAUUUAUACUUUUGCAGUAUAAUAACAUCACAAUUACAAUCAAAAAUAAGCCUUGCGAACACACCUUUGACAUGUACAUGUGCAAAGAAGUUAAAAUCUCUUUCAACAAUGACGAUUUACGUAUCACGCUUUUUCAAAAGGCAUAUAAAGUGGAGAAAAUCAGCAACAAUGAGAUUGUACAAUAUGAUUACAAUAACCCGUGCAGUGACAUCUUCAAUGGUGUAAUGAUGGAGUAUAAAGGACUCUUUGUCAUCUUGAAACUUUACUAUGUCGGUUUAGAAAUCAAAUAUGAUAAAGGUUCACGUGUUUAUAUCAAGCCGACCAGCUCACGACUUAUGAACGGCACGUUCCGAGGUCUUUGUGGAAACUUUGAUGGCAAGCACUCGAAAGACGAUUUUUUAGUUCCCGAUAAAUCAACUGCGGAAGAAACGACGGAAUUCGCCAAUAAAUGGGCAGCAAAUGAAGACUGUGUCGAUAGUGUUCAAAAGGAUGCAUGUACAAGUAGCCCAUUAAAGUCUUGGGCAAAAAAAGGUUGUGAAGAGAUUAAAUUAAAUCCAGCUUUUUCUAAAUGUCAUGAAACAGUUAAUCCUGAUCCAUACAUAAAGGCAUGCGAACAUGAAACCUGCAAGUGUAAAUAUGGCGGUGAUUGUAACUGUUUCUGUUCUGCUGUGGCUGCGUAUGUCAGAGAAUGUAACCGACUUGGCAUCUCAUUUUCUUGGAGAAGAGAAGGAUUUUGUGAACUAUCAUGUUGCCGUGCUUGUCGCAACGAAAGCCACUAUACACCAGAUAUUCCUGUCACACCUAUUUGUGAAGAAAAACCUAAUUGUACAAAACCGGAUAGAUGUUGUCGAGGUGACCAUGUUGAAGGAUGCAAUUGUCCUGAAAAUCAAUAUUUUGAUGGAAAAUCAUGUAAACCUAUUAAGGAAAACUGUACCAGGCCCUGUGCUGGUGUUCCACCAACUACUUCCAUCUAUACAACAUCAAAACCUUCCAGCUCUCAAGUAUCAAGUAGUUCCGUGCAACCUUCGACAAGUGUUUACUCUUCCUCAAGAAGUGCUUCUUUGUCAAGCGUCUCUGUUCCAACUACUGUGAUUUCAUCAUUGUCAUCGAGUAAAACAUCAAUUUAUUCAUCACCAAGUUCGUCGGCGUCAUCUUCUCAAACUCUUAGACCAACUACUUCCAUCUAUACGACAUCAAAAGCUCCCAGCUCUCAAGUAUCAAGUAGUUCCGUGCAACCUUCGACAAGUAUUUACUCUUUUUCAAGAAGUUCUUCUUCAUCGUCAAGUAUCUCUGUUCCAACUACUGUGAUUUCUUCAUUGUCAUCGAGUAAAACAUCAAUUUAUUCAUCACCAAGUUCGUCGGCGUCAUCUUCUCAAACUCUUCGACCAACUACUUCCAUCUAUACGACAUCAAAAGCUCCCAGCUCUCAAGUAUCAAGUAGUUCCGUGCAACCUUCGACCAGUGUUUACUCUUCCUCAAGAAGUGCUUCUUCUUCGUCAAGCGUCUCUGUUCCAACUACUGUGAUUUCAUCAUUGUCAUCGAGUAAAACAUCAAUUUAUUCAUCUCCAAGUUCGUCGGCGUCAUCUUCUCAAACUCUUCGACCAACUACUUCCAUCUAUACGACAUCAAAAGCUCCCAGCUCUCAAGUAUCAAGUAGUUCCGUGCAACCUUCGACAAGUAUUUACUCUUCUUCAAGAAGUACUUCUUCUUCGUCAACUGUCUCUGUUCCAACUACUGUGAUUUCAUCAUUGUCAUCGAGUAAAACAUCAAUUUAUUCAUUUCCAAGUUCGUCAGCGUCAUCUUCUCAAACUCUUAGACCAACUACUUCCAUCUAUACGACAUCAAAAGCUCCAAGCUCUAAAGUAUCAAGUAGUUCCGUGCAACCUUCGACCAGUGUUUACUCUUCCUCAAAAAGUUCUUCUUCAUCGUCAAGUAUCUCUGUUCCAACUACUGUGAUUUCUUCAUUGUCAUCAAGUAAAACAUCAAUUUAUUCAUCACCAAGUUCGUCGGCGUCAUCUUCUCAAACUCUUCAACCAACUACUUCCAUCUAUACGACAUCAAAGCUCCUAGUCAAGUAUCAAGUAGUUCCGUACAACCUUCGACAAGUGUUUACUCUUCUUCAAGUACUUCUUCUUCGUCAAGUGUCUCUGUUCCAACUACUGUGAUUUCUUCAUUGUCAUCGAGUAAAACAUCAAUUUAUUCAU